CCUCCGUUGGCAACCUUCCUGGUUCCAAACAACACGAACAACCCAGAGAAAAAAGUUUCGGAGGGGUGAACAAUGUGCGGAGGCGCCAUCCUCACGGAGCUGAUCCCGUCGCCACGGCGCGCGGCGUCGAAGCCGGUGACCGCGGGCCACCUCUGGUCGGCGGGUUCCAACUCUAAGAAAGCCGGCAACGGCAGUGACAAGGGGCACCACCACGCCGACAUCGACGACUUCGAGGCAGCCUUCGAGGACUUCGACGACGAAUUUGACGAGGAGGUGGAGGAUCACCACUUCGUGUUCUCGGCCAAAUCCGCAUUCUCCCCAGCCCACGGCGGGCGCGCGGCGAGCCAGAAGAAGCGCGGCCGCCGCCACUUCCGCGGCAUCCGGCAGCGGCCCUGGGGCAAGUGGGCGGCGGAGAUCCGCGAUCCGCACAAGGGCACCCGCGUCUGGCUCGGCACCUUCGACACCGCCGAGGACGCCGCCCGAGCCUACGACGUCGAGGCACGCCGCCUCCGCGGCAGCAAGGCCAAGGUCAACUUCCCGGCGGCCGGCGCGCGCCCACGCCGCCGCGGCAACCCGAGAGCCGCGCCGAAACCGCAGCACCACCAUGCUGCAGCGGCGGAGCAGCCCGCGUUGCUCGCAGGAGAGAAGAAGCAGGAGGAGAUCGCCGUGAAGCCUGAAAUUACGGUGUCGUUCGACGUGGACGGUUUCUUCAACAUGACCUUCCCCGCCUUCCCCGCCGCGCCGCUGGCCAUGGAGAGCUCCUUCACCGGCAGCACCGAGCCGGAGUCCGGUAGCCCCGCGAAGAAGCCGAGAUACGACAACGAGUCGUCUGGUGGGAUGAGCUCCGGCGGUGGCUCCACGCUGGAGCUCGCUGACGAGCUGGCGUUCGAUCCGUUCACGCUGCUCCAGCUGCCCUACUCGGGCGGGUACGAGUCCCUCGACGGCCUGUUCGCCGUCGACGCCGCCCAGGACGUGAACGGCGUGAACAACGGCAUGGACGGCGUCAGCCUGUGGAGCUUCGACGACUUCCCUGCUGACAGCGCUGUCUUCUAAUGUGUAACCUACCAGUUGCGCUCAGUUGUAAGCACCUGAAUUGAAUCCAUAGCCAUGGCUUCUGUUCCUUGUGUUCGUCUACUACUGGAUCACGAUCACCCUUUGUCAGGAUCUGGUUCUUGGUUCAGGAACGGCGUCGGUGCUCAACCGGACGAUCGAUGCGGCUGAGGGCGACUGGCCAUCGCUUUGCUUGGUGUUUGGUGUGUAAUCAUACGUCAGAUUACUGUACUGCAAGCGUUUGCUUGCUAGAACCUGUAUCUGUACUGCCGGCCUCCUGAUCAAACCUGUACUCUCUACUAUGAAUAUUUGUACUACUCGUUUGGGUGCUUUGCACUACUGUUGGUCAAUAGUCCUAUGAAUUCGAUCAUGUCGGCAAUGGUCGUCUAUAUUGUACGGUUGUGAUUGUUAUGCCAAAUAAACUUUGUGAACCUGGUUCUACAUGCA